GUUCUUUUACACUACCUCUUCACACUUUGUUCUUCUCUCCUACUCCAUUAAGGACCGCCAUGGCUGGAAUAAAAACGGCAAGCGGGGAGUACAUUGACGACUCCUGGGAGCUCAGCAUCUUUGUGGAGGACCUGGGGCCUGACGCGGAUCCUAUCACGCUCCGAGUCACCGGAGACCUGCACAUAGGAGGCAUCAUGUUACAGAUUGCGGACAAGUUAAAACUUCAGAGGGACUGGUCAGAUCACGCCUUGUGGUGGGAGCAGAAGAAACGCUGGCUCCUGAAGACAAACUGGAGCCUGGAUAAAUACGGGAUUUUGGCUGACGCCAAACUCCACUUCACGCCCCAGCACAAACCGGUGGUCCUUUUCCUGCCGAACCGUUGCAGCGUCCGGGUCAGAGCCAAUUUUGCCCAGCCCGUCUUCCGCACCGUAGGUGACAUCUGCAGGCUACUUGCCAUCCGUCACCCGGAAGAGCUGUCCUUGCUGCGUGCGCCGGAGAAAGACAAACGGAAGCCGAAGGAGAAAGAGGAAACGGCCACUCAGAGCUACGACUUGACCAGCGUACGGCUGCCAGCAAGUGCAGAGCAACAGCCUUUCCGGGGCAUGCCAGCUCACUUUUCAGACAGUGCUGAAACCGAGGCCUGCUAUAGGAUGCUCUCGGUCAGCCAAACUAGCCUGACUCCUGAGCAGAUUGUCCGAAUGCACCGGCCGGGAUCCCUUGUUGAAAAGACCAAGAUCAACAGCAGGUGGCUGGAUUCAUCCCGUACUUUGCUGCAGCAAGAAGUAAAAGAGCAGGAGUGUUUAUGGCUGCGAUUCAAGUACUACAGUUUUUUUAAUCUGGAACCCAAGUACGACGCUGUCAGGAUCAACCAGCUGUACGAACAGGCCCGCUGGGCGGUGCUGCUGGAAGAGACAGACAGCACCGAGGAAGAGAUGAUCGUUUUUGCUGCCUUGCAGUAUCGCAUCAACCAGCUGUCCUUGAAUGCCACCCCUGUGGAGCAGUCCAGUGAAUCUGGCCUUGAUGACUUAGACAAAGCUCUGGCCAACUUGGAGGUCAAACUGGAAGGGUCGUCCCCAGCUCCAAGUAUUUUGGACAGUCUCACAGCCAUCCCGGAGUUGAAGGAUCACCUCCGAAUAUUCAGGCCCCGCAAGCUGACCCUGAAAGGUUAUAAGCAGUAUUGGGUGGUUUUCAAAGAGACUUCCAUCUCAUAUUACAAGAGCCCCGAGGAAGCGUUGGGAGAGCCUGUCCAACAGCUCAACCUGAAAGGCUGUGAAGUGGUGCCAGAUGUCAACCUCUCUGGCCAGAAGUUCUGCAUCAAGUUGCUGGUCCCUUCCCCUGAUGGGAUGAGCGAAGUACAUCUGCGAUGUGCAGAUGAGGAGCAAUAUGCCCGCUGGAUGGCCGGCUGCAGGCUGGCAGCAAAGGGGAAAACCAUGGCGGACGCAUCCUACCAAGCCGAAAAGGAGAACAUUCUUUCCUUCCUGAAGUUACAGAAGACCAAUCCAGAAAUGUCCCUUGCUGCAGAGACGGAGGGUGCCCAAUGGCUUGUGUCCCCUCGCUACCAGAAGAAGUUCAAACCUAAGCAGUUGACUCCACGCAUCCUAGAGGCCUAUCAGAAUGUCUCUCAGCUCUCCCUCGUGGAAACCAAGAUGAAAUUCAUACAAGCAUGGCAGUCCCUCCCUGAUUUUGGCAUCUCCUACUUCGUGGUCCGGUUCAAAGGCAGCAGGAAAGACGAAAUCUUGGGGAUCGCCAACAACCGCCUGAUCCGGAUUGACCUAACCAUUGGGGACGUGGUGAAGACUUGGCGGUACAGCAACAUGCGCCAAUGGAAUGUCAACUGGGACAUUCGCCAGGUGGCCAUAGAAUUUGACGAGCACAUCAACGUGGCUUUCAGCUGCAUCUCUGCUGGCUGCAAGACAGUCCAUGAAUACAUUGGUGGUUACAUCUUCCUGUCUACCCGCACAGCUGACCGAAGCCAGAAGUUGGAUGAAGAGCUUUUCCAUAAGCUGACAGGGGGCCAUGAAGCCCUCUGAUGUUUCUCCUACCAAGGACAUUCCCUCCUCCAGGAAUCAGCUGAUCUCCUUCAUGUGCUGUCUGUGCACCUUUGGUGUGCUAAGGCCCUUACUGGAAUCCAAGCAUCCAUAAAGACUUGGAGAGCAAUUAAGAAAACGAUGGAGUGAGGAGGGAACAUCUUCCAGACAAGAGAAACAUUUCCCAAAGGACUUGAAGGCUGCAUUAACUGUGGUUGGUUGGCUGGUUGGUUGGUUUCUUUCAGAGCAAGCUAUCUGAGCGCUUGCAACUGGGACAGAACGGCAGAGUGAGGGAUUUUACCAUUUCAAAUGUCUUGCCAGGGGGAGAAGGAAGUGUUGAAACCUUCUCCAUGAAUCUCAGGAAUUAAACCAACGCAAGUUGGGAUACAGGUACCUUUCAUUAUUUUUGUAUUGUUUGCAGGGGAGGGUGUGUGGAUUGUGUUGAGCUGUUUUUGGUUACCUUCUUCAAGGAGCUAUAAAGAUGAUUUUUCAUGAAAA